AUGAAGCCCAGAUUGCUCCUGCUCGCUGUGGCGCUUUUGGCUGCGGUGGGCUCUGUUCGUGGUGCGGAUCUCGACAUUACUUUCUCGGCAGCCACUGGCAAUUCCAUCACGCUCAAUUGGGUCGCGUAUGGCAGCUUUGCUUCACCUAUGGAAUAUCGUGUCACUCGCACUCCUGGUUCUGCCACGCCUGUGUACAUUGGCACUGCCCUGACAUUCGCCGAUAGUAGCCUGACCAAAAACACUGCCUACACCUACACUGUUUCCGUCUACUCUAACUCUGGAGCUGGCGGAACUCUCGUUGGAGCAACUGCGGCCCCACCCUCCCAAACGACCGCAAACGAUGUGACUCUGAAUGCUGACAGCAUCUUGAUGUACGCCACAUCGAAUGUGAAUGAAUACGUUCUCUCCUGGCCGAGUUUGGUCGCCAAUACCGGUGCGUCAACCGCUGGACCACCCGCUACCAUCACCUACACCGUUGAGUACAAGAAGGUGGCCAGCGGCAGCUACAUCGGCUGGACGGGCUACUCUAGCGGCACAUCGGCUCCUGCGCUUGUGCUCGCACCUGGCACGAACUACAAUGUCAGGAUCACUGUUUCUAGCGGAAUUCUUGGUACCGCUAGUGUUAAUCAAGUCUUCACGGGCAGAACGUACUCUGUCGCCCCUGUUAUCGGCACUGCCCUUGCUGCCGGCACCAUCACUGCCACUCAAGUCCCUCUCAGUUGGACGGUUACCAGCAGCGGUCAGGAGUCCAACUUGGCGUUGGCUCAAGUUCUGUCACGUAACGGAGUCGAUUUAACGACACUGCCGGCUGGUACUGCAUCCUACACUGGCUCAUUCCCGCAACCGUUUUCUUUUACUGAUUCGGGCUUGUCACCAUACACCCCCUACACGUACUCUAUCCGAGCGACCACCGUUGCCGGCAAUUCCACGAGCUCUCCUGUCAGUGCACUCAGUGUGACCACGGCCUCUGCUCCUCCUACUGUCGCUUUCUUGACCACCGCACCGUACAUCACCCAGAACUCUGUCACUGAUUUGGAUCCGUGCACCCUUUACUCGUACACUCUGACUGCUACGACAAAUGACGGCCAAACCUUCACCACGUCCGCUAAAAGCUUCACCACCCUCGCUGACAAGGCAGUGCUUUCACCGACCGUUACCUCGCUCAAUUACACCUACAAUGCGUUCAGUUUUGCGUGGACCAACUCAGCACUGAGCCCUUGCCCUGGUUCAGGCGGAACUAGUGGCUAUCAACUGAGUCUUUCGGUUAACUCGGGUGCUGCAACCCUGGUCAACCCGACCACGACAACAUCCUACUCCUUGAGCGCUGGCGUGCUUCCGAGCUCGACGUACGCCUUCUAUUUGCGUUUUACUAACACGAAUAACAACGUUUCGGCGGAUGCGCUCUUGACUACGUUCACCACCUUUGCCAACACUCCGACCGUUACUGCGCUCGGCGUGACCGCAAACUCGUCGAACUCUCUCACGUUCCAAUGGACUGGUACAGCUAAUGGCGGUGGUCCUCUCUUCUAUAAGGUGGACCGAACUUCACCCUCGGUGCUGUCGAUCAAGAACUUUGCUGACAGUCUCACUUCGGCCACGGACAAUACUGGCUUGCUGCCCUUCACUGAUUACACGUACAGUGUGCAGGCAAGAAACAGCCAAACACCAACAGCCAACUUGUCCACUGUUGCCACUGCGACCUUCAAAACUGCCGCGUCUCAGGCCACCUUCUCCAGUUCUACUGUGUCGUCAACUCCGGCCGCCAAUUCCAUCCUGUUCUCUUGGACGGCAGCGACAUGGAACAGCUUGACUGGUGACUACUCUUGGACGAUCAGCGGAAAUCCUACUCCUUCUCCAAGCUCAGGUGUCGUCACCACGAACAGUGUGACUGUCUCCAACCUUCGCGCCUACAAUCAGUACACUUUCACUGUUUACGCCCGAAGCGGUAGCGGGAAUACGUAUGAUUCUGCUGUUCUGACCGCCUCCAACAUCCAGACGCUUGCUGCCGCACCGACAAUCGUGGCAGGCCAAUUCACAUCAACGGGACAGACGUACAACUCUGUUUCACUGGAAUGGAAUGGCGUUCUUACGCUCAUCAACGGCCCCACUGUCAAUUCUGCCUCGCAAUGGCUGGUUGAACGCCGUCUCAACAACCCUCAAGGGUCUUUCGUGUCUGUCGGGACGUUCGCCGCUGCGACCUUGUCCACGACCGACAACGAUGCAUCGUUGGCGCCUUACACAGUUUACGAUUACCGUUUGACUGUGCGCAAUGACCAGUACUCUACCACCGCUACCCUUUCCUCAAUCCGAACCGCCGCUGCCCCGCCAACUAUUGACCCCAGUCAGAUCGAGCCUUCGUUUUCUGCGAACGGACCGACCAGCUAUGCUGUGACGUUUGACCUGGCUGGCGCGUACUAUCGCGGCACUCCGGCCUCAGUCAGCGCGACAUUUUUGCUGCGAUACAAGACGACUGGUUCUGGCAGUUUCACCUCGGCCCCGACAUUUACAACUGACACCACCACGGUCACUAUGCAAGCGAGCCAAGUCUACGAUUUGGAGUGGACAAUCACAAACGCUGGUCCUUUGUCCUCGACUCCCUCGACUGGCUCGGUCAGUGUGCCUGCUCUCGCGCCGUACUUCAACGCACCGACCAUUACGACCUCUGAUGUCACGACGACCACCGCAGACAUUUCUUGGCCUGCACCUACGACCAAGAACGGUAAUGACCCCAUUGUGUAUUGGGUUCAGUACACUGCUGGGCAACCCAACCCUGGAAAUCAAACCAUUCAAACUUCCAGCGACAUUCUGCAAACCACGAGCACUACUGUCUCUGGGCUCUACCCAGGCGUCAUUUACACUUGGACAGUUUCGGCCAAGAAUGCAAACUCUGGUUUCUCCUCGCCAUUCUCUACUGUUUCAUCUUUGCGUCAAGACCCCGCGGACCCCAUUUGGCAAACCGCUCCCACUUUGUCUGCCUCAGGACAGACCACAAGCGCGUUCGUGUUUAAUUGGGCGGCUCCUGUUUAUGCUCAAGACGAUCCCAAUAACUUGAAGUAUCGAGUUGUGGCCACUCAAAUCACCGCAAGCCCAGCGUUCCCCGAUCCGACCCUUUUCUCCAAAACCGUGUCCAUCAAUUCGGCCGCCGUGACAGUCGCCGCAGCGUCGAACACUGGCUAUGAACCCUAUGUGCAGUACAAUGUGACUGUGCACGUUAAAAGCUCGACCGACAACUUUGUUCCGAGCAACACGUUCCUGACCGUGACAACCGCUGGUUCUAAACCUAGCUGGGGUGCCUUGACUCAGUCGUCCCUUACGGGCGAUCGUUCGUCCCGCCAGAUCACUCUCGAAUGGCCGGAUGUUCCGUACCCUCAGGACGCGUCCACUUUGACUUACUCGGUUAGUCGCGGUGGCACUACAAUUAUUUCCGGUCUCACAACCUCGAGUUACGUAGACACUGGUCUGACGCCAUUCACGGAUUAUGCGUACAUCAUCACUGCCACCAAUUCUAAGGGAUCGACUGCGCUCGGCACUGCAGUGACUUUCAAAACCACUGAAGCGACUCCUCUUUUUGCUGGCUCUGAAACGUUGACCAUGACCCCCAACGCGAAUGGCGCGAGUAUCACCUAUGCUGCGCCAAACUUCCCAUACGGAACACUGUCGGGCUACACUGUUUCGGUUGUUGACACUAGUUUUACCGACGCGCAUGUCACACCCACUCAGAGCUCGAACAGCGCCGCCAACGUGUUUACCCGAACGAUUACUUCGCUCUUCCCAUUCCGCACGUACGCCGUCACUAUUCAAGCUACGAACGGUGCUGGUACUUCGCCGCCGAGCGACUCGCGCACCGGCACUUUCACGACCUCCCCGAGCGCCCCCAUCCUGGACGAAAGUCUGCUCGAUGCGCAAGUUACAUCCAACACGUCAAUUACUGUCAGCUGGAAGGGCCCUCAGCCUUGGGAGCGAAACAGCGUUCUUAGUUCAUACCGUGUCGAGUGUUACAUGCAAGAAGAGGAUGGUGCUUGGACCUUUGUCAACGCUCCGACCCGAACCCCUUUGCCUGCCGACAACGCCGCCUACAACACGGCCACGCAGCAAUCCUAUCAGGAGGUGUUCUCUGGAUUGCUCCCCUACAGGAACUACACCUUCAAUGUCUUUGUGAUUGGAAGCUCGUUGACUUCGUCUGCCAUCGAGGUGCUGGCCCGCACUUUGCCCGGCCUUCCCCCGACCCCGUUGCAAGCCACGGUUAUCCCGAUCUCGGACACCCAGGCGCGCGUUUCCUGGCCCGCUGUGGACGACAUCAAUGGCCCCAUCGUCUCGUACGUCGUCGAAGGCCAGCGCCUCCUUCCUGGCUACAAUGAGACGUGGCCCGUGCCUGUCGUUUACGCCGAGCUGACGAACGGCCGCAACGUGACCACAGUCUCUGGCCUCGCUGCUGAAUCCAAGUACCGCUUCCGCGUUCGCACCUUCACUGCUGCUGGCUUUAGCCUGGGUCCCUUUGGCACGUCCGCCACGACGCUGGAAGCUGCGGCCGGCUCGCAGGGCUGGGUUGCCGCCGUCGUCCUGAUUCCGCUCAUUCUGAUUGCGCUGGUUGCUCUCUUGCUCGUCCGCCGCCGUCAAGGCAAGCCCAUGCCUUGGGAGCCGCUGCAGCAGCGCUGGAAGCAGCGCCAGAACAAGGAUGCCAACAACUCGAUGAUGCUGAUGGGAGUUCAGCACCAGCAAGACAACAUGGCUGGCAUGCCGUCGCGCAUUGUGCCCGCCGAGGAGCUUGCCGACUGCGUUGCCCAGCUGCACGCCAACAGCGACCUUGGUUUUGCCGAAGAGUACGAGGCCCUGAACGUCAACGAAGAGUAUGCGACCAACGCUGCGCUCAUGCCAGCCAACAAGUCCAAGAACCGCUACGCCAACAUUCUGCCCUACGACCACUCUCGCGUCCGCCUGUCUGUCAUUCCUGGCGUCGAGGGCUCGGAUUACGUCAACGCCAACUACAUUGACGGCUACCGCAAGUCGCACGCGUACAUUGCGUGCCAGGGCCCCCUGCCCGACACGUUUGACGACUUUUGGCGCAUGGUUUGGGAGCAGCGCUCGGCUGUUAUUGUGAUGGUCACGAACGAAGAGGAGAAGGGUCGCGUCAAGUGCCACCGCUACUGGCCCGACGACAGCGAGGUUGUCUUUGGCGAUGUCGAAGUCCGCAUGACUCGCCAGGAGGAGCUCUCCGAGUUUAUCACUCGCGUCUUUUCGCUCAAGAACAUUCGCACUGGCGAGACUCGCACUGUCCACCACCUGCAGUUCACUGGCUGGCCCGACCACGGCGUCCCGCACUCGACCUCGUCUCUCAUCAAGUUUGUCAAGCAGGCCAAGGCCGUCCAGCCCAACGACGCCGGCCCCAUGGUCAUUCAUUGCUCGGCCGGUGUCGGCCGUACCGGCACGUUCAUUGUCACCGACAUGUCCCUGGAGCGCACCAAGGUCGAGAACAAUGUGGAUAUCUUUGGCUGCGUCAGCGCCCUUCGUCGCAACCGCAUGUACAUGGUCCAGACCGAAGAGCAGUACAUGUUCAUCUACCAAACGCUUGCCGACGCUGUUGCCAACGGCGACUCUGAGGUCUCCGCUCGCGAUCUUGCCCAGCACGUUGCCCGUCUUGCCCAGCACAACAAGGCCACCGACUCUUCCGGCUUUGAAGAAGAGUUCCGUCUCUUCCAGCAGCCCGACAAGAAGAAGCCCACCACCGAUGCCGCCACUCUGUCUGCCAACAAGAGCAAGAACCGCUUCGCCACCCUGCUUCCCUACGAUCACACUCGUGUCAAGCUGAACGCCAUUCCCGGCGUGAACGGCAGUGACUACAUCAAUGCCAGCUUCUUGUUGCGCGUUGCUGUUGCAUGUGCAUAA